AAGAAAAACGGAGCAAGACUUUGAAUAGAGGAACUCCCCAAGUUCCGAUUACGCGCUGUUGUUUUCUCUGCUUCAGACGCGGAAUUUCGGGCAGGGGAGAAAUCUGACCUUAAUUCCCCAUACUCAGCCUCGAUUCCAGGGAAUACAAUUCCUUCUCUGGAAUUUCAGCAUCAUAACUCUGAUUCCCGGGAUUAUUUGGUUCCUUUUUUAGGAAAAGAAUGGGGACUCCGGCAAUCCCAAAUCUCGGGAAACACUGCAGCGUUGACGAUUGCCGCCAGAUUGAUUUCUUGCCGUUCACCUGCGAUUGCUGCCGCCAGAUAUAUUGUCUUGAGCAUCGGAGCUACAGCAGACACCAAUGUAUAAAAGCCAAGGAAUGUAAUGUCACUGUUGUCAUCUGCCCCCUCUGCGCUAAAGGAGUUCGCUUAAUUCCUGAGGAAGAUCCAAAUAUUACUUGGGAGUCACAUGUAGACGUUGAGUGCGACCCAUCAAAUUAUGACAAAGUGACAAAGAAAAGGACAUGUCCUGUACCUGGAUGCAGAGGGAUUCUAACAUUCUCAAACACGAUUAAGUGUAGGGAUUGCAGUGUCGAUCAUUGUUUGAAACAUAGGUUUGGACCAGACCACAAUUGUGCUGGACCUAAGAAAUCUGAAGUAGCUUUUCAGUUUAUGAGAUUAUUAAAUAGAAGUAGAAAAGAGGAGCUAAACCAAGCUCCAGGUGCAUCUUCAUCAAGUUGGGCUACAAGUUUCUUCAAGGCAGCUUCAUCCGUUCGAGCGACAGCUGAAGCUGGAAUGGCUGGAAUGGCUAGAUUUACACCGUCAUCUGUUCGAGCAACAGCUGAAGCUGGAAUGGCUAGAUUGAGCGUUGAACUCAAUCAAGCAUUAGGCAGGGAUGGAGCGGUGCAGAGCAGCACUGUCAGCCAUACUGAAAAUGCAACUGGACAAAUAGAAGUGUGUCCACAAUGCAAUUUGAGAUUCUCUACCAUUGGGGCGCUGGUGGAUCAUGUGGAAAAGGUCCAUGACAGGAAUGGGAUUAUGAACAUGGCACUCGAUGUCUGCCCCAAAUGUAGUAAAGGAUUCCGCGAUCCUGUUACCCUCGUAGACCAUGUUGAGAGGGAACAUGAAGGUGUUUUAAAAGCCUAAUCGGAAGUGUUGGUCAAAAUUUGAAACUGUGAACAGAAAGCUACUUAUUCUGUCUUUUGCA